GAUAGUGGUAUAAAGUACUGAGAGAGAGAGAGAGAGAGAGAGAGAGAUUAUAAAGCAGGGCAGGAAAAAAAACUCGGGGGGAAUGAAGACAUGGCGGACGCCAAGCAGAAGCGGAACGAGCAGUUAAAGCGAUGGCUGGGGUCGGAGACGGACCUGGAGCCGCCGGUGCUGAAGAAGAAGAAGACGAAGGUGAAGUUCGAUGAGGGCGCCGUGUUCCUGGCCGCCUGCUCGAGCGGAGACACCGAGGAGGUGCUGCGGCUGCUGGAGCGCGGAGCCGACAUCAACUACGCUAAUGUGGACGGGCUAACCGCUCUGCACCAGGCGUGUAUAGAUGAUAACGUGGACAUGGUGACGUUCCUGGUGGAACACGGCGCCUGCAUCAAUCAGCCGGAUAACGAGGGAUGGAUCCCCCUGCAUGCUGCUGCGUCCUGUGGAUACCUGGACAUCGCGGAGUAUUUGAUCAGCGAGGGUGCGAAUGUGGGCGUGGUUAACAGUGAGGGAGAGACACCGCUGGACAUCGCAGAGGAAGAAGCCAUGGAGGAGCUGCUGAAAAAUGAAAUCAACCGACAAGGUGUGGAUAUAGAGGCAGCGAGGAAGGAGGAGGAGCGCAUCAUGCUACGUGAUGCUCGUCAGUGGCUAAAUAGUGGGCAAAUAAGCGAUGUCCGGCACACCAAGUCAGGAGGAACGGCGCUGCACGUGGCUGCUGCUAAAGGCUACACAGAGGUUUUAAAGCUUUUAAUCCAGGCAGGUUAUGAUGUAAAUAUUAAAGAUUAUGACGGCUGGACUCCUCUUCAUGCUGCUGCUCACUGGGGGAAGGAUGAAGCCUGCAGGAUCCUGGUGGAGAACCUGUGUGACAUGGACGUCGUUAAUAAAGUGGGUCAGACGGCGUUCGAUGUGGCCGAUGAAGAUGUUCUGGGAUAUUUAGAAGAGUUACAAAAGAAACAGAAUCUGCUGAUGAGCGAGAAGAAAGACGCUAAGAAAUCUCCUUUAAUAGAGACCACCACUACAGCGGAUAAUAACCAGUCCACUAAACCUGCUGUGAAGAGUAAGGAGACGCUGUUACUCGAGGUGGAGAAGAACGCUCCUCACAUCGAGAACCUGGAGUCAGAGAAAACUGAUGAGGAAGAGGACGGGAAGAAGGACGAGUCCAGCUGCUCCAGUGAGGAAGAGGAGGAAGAUGACUCGGAGUCUGAGAAUGAAGCAGAUAAGACCAAAUCAGCUGCUCCAGUCAGCAACUCCACCAGUUCUGUCCCCGCCCCCACCACCAUCCCAGUCUCCACCCCCAGCAACACUCCGGCCACGCCCACCUCACCUGUUAAAAAGGUGAGUAUACCUACAGGUAAAGUGUCUCCUAAAGAGGAGGAGAGGAAGGACGAGUCUCCGGCGUCGUGGAGACUGGGCCUGAGGAAGACGGGAAGUUACGGAGCGCUGGCGGAGAUCAGUGCGACCAAAGAGGCUCAGAAGGAGAAGGACCUGAGUGGGGUGAUGCGCUCAGCCUCCUCGCCUCGACUCACCUCCUCACUGGAUAACAAGGACAAGGAGAAGGAGAAGGAGAAGUCUCUGGCGUACGUGGCUCCCACUUUCCCGAGAAGACACCCGAGUGCAUCAGACAUCGACGAGAAAGAAAACAGGGACUCAGCGGCUAGUCUGGUGCGCAGUGGUUCUUACACACGGAGACGCUGGGAGGAAGAUCUGAAGAACAACGACACAACCUCCUUGAACCGAACAUCCAGCUACCAACGCAGCACGUCACACACUUUAACACUCGGCCGAAGCAGCAGCUCUCGCGAUCUUCCUGCAAAAUCAUCUUCGGCUUCCAGUCUGGAUCCUAACAGCACUAAAGCCUCAUCGUCCUACUACCAGUACAGCAUACACCGCAGUGGAUCGUUUGGAAGGAGGCAAGACGACCCUGUGAGCUCCACUUCCUCUACUGUUACCACGACGACAAGCUCCACCUCCACUACCACGAUUACCUCACCUACAAGUCACCGCAGUGUGUCCAGGUAUUGGUCCGAGGAUGGUGCUGAGAAAGAGAAGGAAUCGGCGACUGUAAUCCCCACCAUCAACACUGCAGCCACCACAACUACCACCACCACACACACUACUGCAGGAGACGGCAGAGAGAGACGCAGAUCAUACCUCACUCCUGUGCGUGAUGAGGAGUCCGAGUCCCAGAGGAAAGCUCGAUCUCGACAGGCCAGGCAGUCCAGAAGGUCCACACAGGGUGUGACCUUAACUGACCUCCAGGAGGCGGAGAAGACCAUCGGACGCAACCGUCCGACACGGUCCCGAGAGGAGGAGAAGGAAAGGGAAGAGAAGGAGAAGCAGGACAAGGAGAAGCAAGAGGAGAAGAAGGAGGCGGAGCCGAAGGAGGACGACUAUCGAUCGCGCUAUCGCUUCGAGGAGCGUUACCGCACCCCUUCCUUGAGCUCGUCCUCUUCCACUACUGUGCCCUCGUCCUCCAUAACUUCAUCACUCUACACUUCCUCUUCCUCGCUGAACCGCCCUGACAGUCUGACCGGGAUCACGCCCAGCUACAGGAGCUCUGUCCGCGACACUGAGAAAGAUAAGAAAGAAGAGGAAAAGGAGGGAGAGGAUAAAACUCAGCCUCGCUCUAUACGUGAUCGCAGACGUCCUCGAGAGAAACGACGCUCUACAGGAGUCCCAUUCUGGACCCAAGAUAGCGAUGAGAAUGAUCCAGAACAGCACUCGGACUCUGAGGAAGGGAGCACUAAAGCAGAACCUCAGAGUGAAAGACUCUCGAGAAACGACGGCUUGUCCUCCGGUUCGUCCUUCACUGACCGUUACGAGCACAGAGAGAGCCGCCGGCCGUACUCGCGCCUCGACCGGGACGACAGCACUGACUACAAGAAGCUUUAUGAACAGAUCCAAGCUGAAAAUGAGAAGCUGAAAUCUCAGUUACGCGACACACAUCUGGAGCUGGAUGAUCUGAAGCGGCAGCUGGAGAGGGCCACACAGGUGAGGGGUUUACAGAGACAGGAGCGCUUUGCUGAUAGAUCACAGCUGGAGAUGGAGAAAAGGGUUGCUCCCAGGUCUCAGUACCGGCUCGGUGCUUUUGGAACGACGAGCUCUAGAAAGAAAGAUCUCUGAGAUGGAGGAGGAACUUAAGAUGCUUCCUGACUUGAAGGCAGACAACCAGAGGCUAAAGGACGAGAAUGGCGCUCUGAUCCGAGUCAUUAGUAAACUGUCUAAGUAGAGCAGCGCCCCCUGUGGUCAGUGUGGGCUAUUUACACGCUGUGACCCGUUAGAGCAACACGCACCACAAAACACAUCCAUCCUCCUCCAUCCCUCCAUCACGCGCUCACUUGCUCCUCCCCUAACGCCUCACUUCCUUCCUCCAUGUUUGAUCUGGCUGCUGCAACACACACACACACACAGACACACACAGACGUGGUCAGUUUACAGGGCAGAGACGGCUUCGUUUGUACAGACAAAAAGGAAAUAAAGAAAAAAACAGUUUAUUUGGUGCCACAAACUUUCCUUUAUUUUCCUUCCUCCUUCCAUAGUGAGUGUAUCUCUCUCGCCCCCUUUUCCCUCUCUCUCUCUCUCUCUCUCUCUCUCUCUGUCUCUUUCAUCUCCCCUUUUCAUGCAGAAGCCCCGCCCCCUUCCCCUCCCUCUGUGGUACUGUUUCUCAGCAGCGGAUUUCCCAGCAUUCAGCAGUGUUGGUGCACUGAACCUGGAUCUGAACCCCCGCCAACAUCACCCCCCUCCUCCUCCCUCACACACACACACACACACACACACACACACACACUCUCACUCACGCUCUCCCCUCUGGUGGAAUGUUGAGCUUUCACUGAAUGUGCAAUACGCCUCUGUUCCUUUAGACACAGUGCUUUAACCUGCAGUAGGAAGAAAACUUCUCUUCUCUUCUCUUCUCUUCUCUUCUCUUCUCUUCUCUUCUCUUCUCUUCUCUUCUCUUCUCUUCUCUUCUCUUCUCUUCUCUUCUCUUCUCUUGGUCCCUCCCCUUUUUUCAUUCUGUCUCUUUCCUCUCUUAACCCCCCCCCCCCCGGUCAUCCUUCCUUCUUCCUCCCUUUUUCCCCUCCAUCACACAUCCUUUAUCCUCAUCCACACUUUACAUUAAUUCCUCCUUACUUCCUUUUCCUUUUUUCUACUUCCUGUUUCUCCAUUCCUACUUCUUCUCUACUAACUAUUUCCCCAUUCCCACUUCCUGUUUCCCCAUUCCUCCUCCUACUUCUCCUCUAUAGAUCAUCUUCCUCCUCCUCUCUUCUUCUUCCUCUCCUUUUCCUCUUUCUUUCUUCCUUUUACCACUUUCCCGGACGCACUUCCUCCUCCCAAGCCCCACCCCCCACCCGGCCGUCAGUAGUGUGUAGUGUUGAAGGCGGCGGUGUUAGUUUAACCCUCACGGUGUUUUUAGCAGGUACUGAGUGAAGCUGUAUAUAACCCGUACGUAUCGUGUUGAUGAGCACAUGGCAUGCGUUGAUGCUUUUUUCCGUCUGUUACUGUUCCAAUAUCGCGGCUCCGGCGGACGAAAGUGUGUUUUAAAUAUUUUGUUGUUUUGUUUUUGUUUUUUUAUAUAGUGCUGUUGAAUAACGGUAGUGCCGCCGCCCCUCGUAUGCUGCGGUAACGGGGGAGGGGCUUCAGUGCAUCCUUCAGUUUUAAAGAGAAAUAAAUAUUCACCGUAAUUGUGACAUAAGAAUAAUAUAAUACCACUUCACUACUUCACAUGCGUUGAGUGCUCUUCUUAUUUUAUUUGAUCUUCCUCCUCCUCCUCCUCAGUGCUGUUAGUAUUAGCCGAGAUCUCGUCACUAAAACUGAAAGCCUAGAUAUCGCUAACCCUGUCCCCUUCCUUCCUUCCUUUCUCUCUUUUUUUAAAAUUUUUUUUUUUAUUACAUAAAUAACCCAUCAUCUAUCUGCACUGUCCACGCCGUGGCCGAGUCUCGUGUCCGUAUUUUUAUCGAGAGUCCGAGCGAAUCAGAGAUUUUAUGCAUUUCAGUGGCCUUUUAACAUGAGAAUGCUGUAGUUUAAAGAGAAGAGCAGGGAAAAGACUGUUGGACUCUCCUCUUUGGUUUAGGUUUUAAUUUUUUUUUGUUUGUUUGUUUGUUUUUGUUUAUUUUUCCUCCUUUUUUUUUUUAAUAUCCCGUCAUCAUUGUAAAAUAGAUGUGUGGCUUCUACAUGCGAGCUGUGCUGUGACUACAACCACUGAGAGUUCAAAUAAAGUUGUACAUUGUAAAAACUC